ACCAGUUCCGACACGAAAACUCAUCCAACAAAGCAUCUUCGGCGAUAUUUUUUCAUUCUCGUACAGCUACCGGCUAUACUUUUAAUAACUUAUCGAUUGUAUUGAUUUAUUUUAAUGCUCCUAACGCUGGAGCAAUUUUAAAUUAACUGUUGACUCAGAUUGAUUUUUAAAUCAUCUUCAAAAUGAAAUCGGAGGUUGUCAUCUUCUUCUUGAUUGUUGUUGCCAGUCGAGCAUUGGCACAAAAGCAAGAAGACCCAUGCCAAACGAAAUCUCGAGUAGUAGGAGAUGUUGAAUACUGUGAUCGUUAUUGGGAAUGUAUUGGUGGUCGUGCUGAACUCUUUGACUGUCCCAAUGGACUAGUAUUUGCUGGUAAACAUCGUGGGGUUACGGAAGGUUGUGACUAUCCCUGGAGAGCUAAUUACUGUGAUGGAAAACGUCAAGCAAACCCACCUAUAGGUGCGGAACAUUGUGACUGGCUUUAUGGAAUAUUUGGACAUGAAACUUCAUGUACCAGGUAUUGGACAUGCUGGAAUGGAACUGCUACUGAACAAUUGUGCAUCGGUGGUCUUUUGUAUAAUGAAAAAUCUCACUCCUGUGAUUGGCCUGAGAAUGUUGAUGGGUGUCAAAAGCAUCCACUUUGCAAUGACGACGCAAAUGGCAAUGUCCCACUAGAAAAAUCUUGCAAUCGUUAUUGGCAAUGUCAAGGAGGAUAUCCUCGUCUCCAAAGAUGUCCAGCUAUGUUGGUUUUUGAUAGAAGAUCUUUAAGAUGUGUUGUUCCUCCUACAGAGGAUUGUGAUGUUCCUACAACUCCACAAACUCUUGAGGGAGAACUUCCUGAAGGACACAAUGAACAAGAACCCGAAGAAGAAAAUCUUCCUCCCGGUGUUCCUCCACUACCGUCAGGAGCUGUGCCUAUUCCUCUUCGACCCAGACUUAGAAACUAAAGCACUUAGUGUGUAAUAACAAAAAUUAAUGUUAAUGAUAAUUAGGAUCAUGCAUUAUAUUAAUAUUAUAAUAAUGGGUAGAAAAACGUACUUCUAAGGACUAAAAUUUAAGAACAAAAAAUUAAAAAUCAAAAGGUAAAUUUUAAACAAAGACUCUUGUUGGAAUGUAUAUUUUUAUUAUUUGAAAUUUUGGUUACAUGAAAGAAUAUUAUAAAACUCAUUUAUUGAAUGAAUUGAAUACGUUGAAAUUUAGAUAAAAAUUUACAUCUAUUGUUUUGCACGUCUUCAAUGGUUGCCACCAGAUAAUUUUGUACAUAUUUUUACCUUAUAUACUCCGCUGCAUAAUUAUUUACUAUAAAUAAAAUGUGAGAUAUAUUGUAAUACGACUUUAUCAAUGUUGGUAAUUGUAGAUUGAUCGAAUAAAGACUACUGUAUAUUUUUAUAUGAA